GGCUUCUCCGAUGGAUUUUGAAUGACCUUCCUAUUCACGGAAACAGCACGUAUACACAAGUGACACCGGAAUUCUUUUGCUCCAUUCGGUCUUGUAUGAGCGACUUUGGAAAACUAAGGCAUAUCCCAUCCGUCCGUCUUCGGCAGACAUGAUCUUCUUUUUUUUCCCCAGCCUUGUGUGAACAUCACGACAUUCACACACCACCUCAACCCAAAUUCCCUCAGCCACCUGUGCAUAACCAACUCAGAUCUCGCAAUUUUCCCUCUUCUUCAUCAUGUGCUCCUUCCAAAAUCCAAAUUGUGGCGUCGAGUAAAAAUACGUACGCCCAGUGAGGUGAUCAACCUCCAAGAGGUGGGAUAUCAGCUUGGCAGUUGAAUUUCAUGAGUGAAUGAAUGAGGUGACUUGCGAUAAGGAGUCUCAAAAGUGAGGGGGUUAACUGAUAAGAGGGAUAAGGGAAGGGACUGCCUACUACGCCUGAAGCUCACUUACCUUUUGCCCCCUUUUUUUCAGCUCAUGGGAAUGAAACUCUUGACUCUUACAUCUCAAACCUAGUGUAUCAAUUGGCCUAGAAUAAACCCCAUUUUUUGAGUUCUCAAUUGUUGCUGAUCUUGCAACAUGUCCGACGACGUAUUUCGCCGUACGGGCCGUGGUGGGGCUGGCAACUAUUACAGCAAGAAGGAUAUAGAGGAUGUCCAGAAGGCUUCGGAGGCUUCUGCUGACCUCGAAGCCCAAGCCGACCUCACCAACACUGCCACCACCAUCCAGCAACAACCCGCCCCCGUUCCCUAUUCCCGCGGCGGCAGAGGAGGAGCCGGCAACUUCUACGGCGCAGCAGACACGGCUGCCUCGGCCAAGCAGCAGUCCGAAGACGCGGAGCGCACCAAAAAGGCCGUCGCCGCAAGCAUAGCAGCCCGUCAAAAGACCGGCGGGACUGGCCGUGGUGGGGCAGGUAAUUACGGAGCGGCUGCCAUCCCAGGGGCGGACUUGCCGACGCCGGAAGACGAGCAGCGGAAAAAGUUGGCGGAGGAGGAGAUGGAGAUGAAGGUGCUAAAGGAAGUCGAAGAUCAACUGGGCAAGCCGCCGGGGGCAUACCAUAGGCCUGGGCCGGAGGAGUGA